AUCACAGGGGAUCCAUAGCACAGGCAGGGAUCUCAGCAGCUCCCUGUCACAUUUAGAGUAGGGAGGAGGGACAUCAGAUGUACCCAUGCUGAACUCAGCUUUGAAAACGGAUGGGUUUUCUCUGUGGUCCGAUUCCCCCAGCUGCUCCCCAGCUCCUCCCUCCAGCCAGCGGGAAAACAGAGACUCACAGUUCUCUGCCUGGGGAUGAAAUAUUCAGUUUGAUGGCUCAGGCGGGUGACUUCCUUCCCUGUCCCCGACCCUCCUAUAAAGAGGAGCCUGAGCAUUGGCAGUGGUCCCACAAGGCUGCAGAUCAGGCCGAAUAGACCAACAUCAAGGUGGUCCCGAGUACAUACUCCCUGCACCUCGGUGAGGAUGUACCGUGUGCUGUGGUGUCUGGCCCUUGGCAUCCUACUGGGGAUUCCUGCAGGAGCCAAACCGAUGCCAGAGGAAGCAGACCCCUACACCCAGCCACCAGCCAUGCCCUACUGGCCGUUCUCCACCUCUGACUUCUGGAACUACGUGCAAUAUUUCCAGACCCAGGGUGCCUACCCACAGAUUGAGGACAUGGCCAGAACCUUCUUUGCACACUUCCCUCUGGGAAGCACCCUGGGCUUCCAUGUUCCCUACCAGGAGGACUGAGCAGUGUCCUCCAGUCUGCUGCCUGCCUGGCUGCACCGGCUGGGGCCUAAGGUGAUCCAGAGACACGGUGAUGGGCAAGGGAUGGGACUUGCGCUCAAUAAACUCCCCGUGAAGAUGCAUGA